AUGGCGUCAGACUCCGUCAAACUCUCUAAAAACCUCUUACGCAUGAAGUUCAUGCAGAGAGGUCUGGACGCUGAGACGAAGAAGCAGCUGGAGGAAGACGAGAAGAGGAUCAUCAGUGAUGAACACUGGUACCUGGAUCUGCCAGAGCUGAAAGCUAAAGAGAACCUGAUCGUGGAGGAGAAGAGUUUUGGGCCCUGUGAGGAGCUCCGGUACGGCCGCUUCUCCUUCAAAGGCUUCAACCCAGAAGUGGAGAAGCUGAUGCUGUUGAUGAAUCCCAGAGAUGAGACGGAGACCAGAGACGAGGAAGACCUCAGCCGCAUGCAGACCGACGUCACAGACGAAGAGAUGGCUCUCAGGUACGAGAGUUUGGUGGAAAGCAUGAAGAAGAAGUUUGCAAAGAAGCGCGAGAGAGCGGCGCCAAAAGACGACGAAGAAGAAGAAGACGUGAACCACAACGCCGUGGAAACGACCACGAAGAGGAAGUUCCUGAAGCCCCAGGACUGAAGGACUCGGCUCAUUGGACGAGACAUUGGUUUUUAGAGGAUUUUAAGGCUGCUCGGAUGUUAUACAUCCUGUUUUAUAGAGAGAUGUUUCUUUGAAAUGACUCAGCGUUUUUACAGUCUGUGCUGCAGGAUGACUCAGCGUUUUUACAGUCUGUGCUGCAGGAUGACUCGUCAUUAAACACAGCUCAGUGGA